CAUCAUGCGAUGGGUACGCCGCGUUCAGAAAUUCCUCGAUCCCAUCUAUCUAUUUGAGCUAGAUGACAUUUCGAUGUUGGAGGUUUGUAGCGAACCGCGACGCGUGCUGCCCGGCCGAGUUCGGCCGCUGGAUCUCUCACCCAUGCUGUCUCGAAAUUGCGAGUCUUAGGCGUACCCACACUUUGUUGGUUCGCAUUACAUCUCUUUUCAAGAUGUGCUUCUGCAACUGCUUCUAGAUUUAUGCAUCUCUUAGUUGGCACCGUUCACUUCGACUGAAGCUACGGAUUCAGGAAGUCUUCUGGUCUUGAUAAUGCCCUGGACAAGUCCACAGUCUUGAUUGUGGCAAGCGCCAUCUCGUGGCUGGCUUGGCUUCGCGGGGAACAGACAGAGUUGCCGGAUAAGUUGAAAGGCUCGACAGCAAGUGCAGACCUUAGUUGAACUGAAGUCCAAUCAGGUAAGGAAGCAUAUGCCUGAUACUUGUAUGAAAAUCCGAGGUGAAAAGCACUUGGAUAUUUAUUAGCUAUUCCCAUAAAGUAGGAAGCAUGUAAUGUCAUCGGUAUGCUUAGAGCAAGUAUAAUAAGGCUGACAGAGCUGGCUAUAAGCCCAUCCACAUCAGCCAAAUCACACCUGGAGGGGAGAGAAAGAGGGAGAGAGAAGCGAACGGGCGCUUCGUCAAGCGCCUGGCUGAUACGAGAGCGAUGCGCCCGCUUGCAGCCCGCGGCGAGCGCUAGAGCCGGCGCUCUCGAUCCCCUCUCGAUCCCCUGCGCCUCUCCCGCCUCCCGUGCUUCUCCUUCCUCCUUCGCGCGCGAAAAUCAGCCGGUGCCGUCGCCCCAAAUAGCUUUCUCGCGCCAAAUCGAGGCUUCCAAUUUUUCCCCAAAUCGCCACCUCUCUCAAACCCUAGAAGUGUCACCGGCGCGCAUCAAGGAGAUGGGCCAGCAGUCCAAACGGGCGCGCGCGCCGGCACCUCGCGAAGCUCCUCCGCCGGCGCCUCCGCUCGUCCCGCCGCCAGCACAUCUGCUGGUCCCGCCGCCGGCGCAUCUGCUGGUCCCGCCGGCGCCUAAGUCCGCCCUGCCGCCGGCGCAUUUCCUGGUCCCUCCGGCGCUGAAGCCUGCCCCAUCGACGCAUCAUCCCGCCAUCCCUUCAUCGCUGAGAACAAGCACUUGGAUCCCCCCAAGACCACAGCAGUCCGUGGCGGCUAGUCUGCAGCAACCGGGUGAAUCAUGUCGUGAGGCUCAAGGUCCUUGCUGGGCACAGCCUUCUUGCAUCGGUGACGCUACAUCACCUUGGUACAUGGCUGACAGUAUGGACUACUCUAAUCCACAAGCAUGGGGAGUGAAUUCUCACCCACCUGGUGGUUACCUUAGUUACUUUCAGAACACACCAGGCCCCACACAACCUAUGCACAAUGGGAGUUCGCCGCAACCAGUCAAUGUUGGCGAUGACACCAAUGGUGGUGAUUGUGGAAGGAUCGAAAAACGCCUGCUGUGGACAAAACAGGAAGAUCUUCGAUUGGUCAGUGCUUGGUUGAAUAAUUCCAAUGAUCCAAUCCAAUCAAACUACAAGAAGAAUGAACAAUAUUGGAAAGAUGUUGCUGCUGUCUACAACAGUACCACCCCCAAAAACAGGGAACGACUAGUCAAGCAAGUGAAAGAUCGCUUUGGGAGAAUUAAGAAAAGGGUUGCAUGGUUUUGUGCGAGUUAUAAGGAGGCUAAUGCUUUGUAUGCUAGUGGUGAAUCUGAUGCGGAUGUAAAGAAGAGGGCAAUGCAAACUUAUGAGGAAGAUCACAAAAAAGAUGGCCCGUUUAUGUUUGAGCAUUGCUGGGAGAUUCUUAAAAAGGAACCAAAAUGGGACGCAUAUUUGGAACGCCUAGAAGAUCUGGAGCCGGACAAGAGGAAGUUUAGUGUUGUUUGCCCAGAAGCAAGAAGGGGCAAGGAAAGAUGUCGAGCGCGCUUUUGGGGUAUUACAGUCCCGUUUUACCAUUGUCCCUCGGCCUGCACGUCUAUGGAAGAGAAAGAGUGUUGGAAGGAUCAUGAGGGCUUGUGUGAUUCUCCACAAUAUGAUAAUCGAAGAUGAGAGAGAGCAGGCAAAAAUUCAUAUUGACUUGAAUGAGAUUCCGGGGGCUUCAUUUGCUCUACCUCCUGAAGUGAAUGUUGGCGGUAAUCUAUGUUUCGCAGAUGUGUUGCGUAGAAAAGCUACUAUUCGUGCUCGUCCACAGCAUGCCCAACUUAAAAGUGAUUUAGUCGAGCAUAUCUGGCAUAAGUUUCAAAACAACCAUCAUAAUUAAUCAUGGAGUGAGCUAUUGAUGUGGUGAUUGCGGCUGGUGUUACUUAUAGUGAUUGAAGGUUAUUGAUGCAAAUGAGUGGUUGCUCCUUUCCACCAAAGUCGUCCAGAUCAAAACUAUGCUUGUUGCUUGUGGUCGUGAGCGGCUUGUUUGUCGGAGAUGUUAUUUAUUAUGUUUGCUGAAUGCUUCCUUAAAGACUUAUGUAAUCUUAAGUAACUACCCAUGAUGCUAUGGAGUACUAUGAUGAUGUGUGACAUAUGUUUGUUGCCUAAAUGUCAGUCUGUCUUCCUA